AUGGCAUAAAUUUCAUAAAAGCAAAGAGGUGUCUUUUCUGAAGUGUUAGACCCUACUUUACCUAGUGAAUACAAUGUCAAGAAUUACAAUCAGGGUCCAUCACCUGAUUUAAUCAUGACAACCAUAAGUCGAUAAACAAUUCCUAAGGCAAUCUCCUUGCAACGGUUACAAACAUCAAGCUCCAGUAGACAGCAAUUGCGAUCUGAUUUAGCAUCUCGACAAGUACCAAGGAAUCAGUUGAAGACAAGACAAAAAAACGAACAAGUUACAAGUGUGGAACCCAAAGUAAAUUACUUAGUGGCAUUUUUAGGUGAUAUUACCCUAUGAUCCUAUUCCUGGUGAAGUCCCAAGGAAAGUGGCUAUUGAUAGAAAAAGAAAGGAGUUUCGAUCUCUUGAUUUUAAUAGAUUACUUCAAGAAGCUGGAAUUGAUUUUAAAUAAAAGGAUUAAAGUGUAGAGUGGUUGAAACUUGAAUAUUUUGAUGAUACUACAUACGAUGACAACAGUAAUGAAGAUUGGAUAAGGAGAGAAGAGGAUGAAGAAGGAAUCAAACAUCCCCUUUUAGGUUUAGGAUUGAGAGGAGAUGAAUAUUAAUACAUGGAAAUAUUGGAGUACAAGGAUGAUAAAUUUAUAGGCAAAUGGUUGAAAGAUGAUGUUAAAUUAGAAUUGCAUAGAUUAUACAUUUGUUUUGAUGCAGAAGAUCCACGUAAGUAUGUCAAAAGAUUGAAGAAUGCAUUUUAAUAGAGGAUAUUUGCUGAUGCUCUAGUUAGAUACAACUAUUACAUUGAUAACAUGUCCUUGUUUGAUCUCAGUGAAUUGGACAAUGAAUAAAAGAAACGAAUUGAACAGAAUGCAAAGACCAAGAAACUAGAAGCUAUGGAAACUACUUAAUUACUUCUUGAAGUUAAUAUGGAUUUCCAGAGAACUAUGAAUAAAAUCAUAUUCGAUAAAUACUUAGAUGAUGAGUAACAAGAUGAGAACUAUCCAAAAUUGAGAUUGCCUGCAAAAGAGAAAAAGAAAGAUGUUCGUUAUUAUGGCUGGAUGGAACUUGAAGCAUCCAAAGGAGUCAUGGAAAAAUGGAUGUUCAAAUAUGAUGAACCAUUCAUCAGAAAACCUUUGACUUUUGAUGAAUUAAAUAAGAAUUUCGGAUUUUCCACUCUAUAUGUCAGUUAAGAAGUCGUCAAGGCUUUAUAAGAUAUCAGACAUGAAUGCAAUUAAGUUUUAAAAGAGAGUUUAUUUGAUUUUUCUAAAAGAGAAGGUGCACUACAUUUAGAUGAAUUCAAGCACAUGCAAGAAAAUGCAACUACAUCAUUGAUGUAUCAAUUAAAAGGAACAUGGGUGCCUACUAUGAUCAAAAUUAUCAAAGAUAGGUUUGCUGAAAUCGGAAAGGGAUGGUUCAAUAUGAAAGAAACAUCUAAAAUCACAUAUGACUUUGGUAAAUUGAAGCGUAUGUUAACAGUUAUUAGGUUGAUGAUGCAAGACACAAUUACAACACUCAUGAAAUCUAAUUUCGAUAGGUAUUAAAAGACAAUCUAAAGCAAUAUACCUGUAAAUGUAGAUAUUAAAAACACAGAUUGGGUAUUGAAUAAAUAUGAUGAUGGAUUUCUGGCAGAUAAUAGAAUAUAAGUUUUUAGUCAUGAUAGAAAACUACCCUUAUUUUAGAUAGAACUAUUAGCAAAAGAUGAUUUCUUCUAGUACACCACUAAUCCAACUUUAUAUGUCUUAAUAUCGUUGCAAGCCAUGAAGAAGGCUGUUGAUGAAAUGGCGAAGAUUCCAGAUUUAGAGCCAAGAAUCUUGUCUGAUUUACAUAAAUCUCAGAAACUAGAAACUUUCAUUAAGGCCCCAAUGAUGCCAAUAUAAGAACCUGUGGAACCAGAUCCAAAUGAAAGACCCAGGAAAUUUGCAGAUGAAAAUAAAUGGGUUUGGGAUACUUAUUAUUGUGUGAAAGCAUCAAUUGAAGAUGCAUUAAAGCCAUUAGAGUAAUAUAAGACUGUUUUUAAUAAAUACAUUCCAGUCUUAAAAUUGAGACCAGACGAUGUGGCAAGAGACAUUGAAUUAGAAGAUCCUCCAAGAGAAUUUGAAUCAAUUCGUGAUGAGAUUAUUAAAGCAACUACAAAGGAAAAAUAAUUAAAUGAGGAAAUUUUGGAUUCAAUUCAUGUAGGAAUGUUCGAAAUUCAUUUGAAUGAAGCCAAAGGAAUAUUGAUAGAACGAUACUAGGCACUAUAGAAAAAUCUUAUUGAUCUUAUUGCUAGAAGAGCUAGAAAUACUAGUAUUAGAAUAUUUUAAGAAUUUGGGGAUAUCAAGAAGACAAUUCUUGAAGAACCAGAUACAAUAGAAAAGUUGACCAUAUUAAAGGAAUAUAUAGGUAAUUUACCAUAGGAGCUGGAGAAGAUGAAAGUUAAAAUGAAUUAAUUGUUUGAUGUGUUCAAAAUGUUGGAGGAAUUCAAUUACAGAUUUCCUUUGGAUGAUUUCCAAAGAAGGUGGAAGAUUUUUGGAAGUCCGAAGGAAAUAAAGGAGAUGGUUGAGGUGAGAAAUGGAUAAUUGGAGAAAUUGAAAGUUAAGUUCUCAGAUGAUGCAAAGGUUCAACAAGAAGAUUUUAGAGAGUAGAUCGAAAAUUUGGAGAGAACUAUCUAAGAGUUUCAUAAACAUCAGGAUGUGAGUAAGAAUAAGGAUAUGGCUGAAGUGGUUGAAUAUGUGAUGAAAUAAAUAAGUGAAUUUUAGGAAUAAGCUAGUAAAUUCAAUAUGCAAGAGGCAUUAUUUGAUAAACCACAAACUGAUUAUUCUAAAUUGAACUCAAUGGCUAGGGAAUUCAAACCCUAUUAUGAUUUAUGGUCAAGUACUUAUAAAUUUAAGAGCGGCAUCAAAUUAUGGUUGAAUGAUGAUUUCAUGAAUGUUGAUGCUGAUGAGUGUGAAAGGAUUGUUGAAGAGGGUGUUAAAAAUAUCUAGACUGCUAUGAGAACAAUUCAAGUGACAGGUAUCCAGAAGAUUGCUGAGGCAGUAAAAGCAGAGAUUGAUGAAUUUAGACCCAAAGUGCCAUUGUUGUCAGCUCUUAGGAAGAAAGGUAUGACUGUUAGACAUUGGACAUAAGUCUCUUAAUUAAAGGGUCUAGCUCAAGUCAUCAAUCCAGAUGAGUAGGACUUCAAUUUUUAGAAGAUUUUGAAUGCUGGGUUCAUGGAUGUGAUUGAUAAGGUUGUUAAUAUUGGAGAAACUGCUAGCAAAGAAUACCAAAUAGAAAUGAUGCUUGACAAUAUGCUUAAUGCAUGGGAGAAUAUUAAAUUUCAAUGCGUUCAAUACAAAAACACAUUUAUUCUUAAAGGAUUCGAUGAAAUUCAAAUUGUCUUGGAUGAACACAUUAUUAAUACUUCAGCUAUGGUAUUCUCUCCAUUUAAGAAAUUCUUCGAAGAAAGAAUCAGUGAAUGGGAUAAGUCAUUGAGAAAGAUUCAAGAUAUACUAGAAGAAUGGGCUAAAUUUUAGUAAUAAUGGAUGUAUUUGCAACCCAUAUUUGAUUCUCAAGACAUUGCUAAGUAACUACCUGCAGAAACAAAGAAAUUUAAAACAGUUGAUUAAACCUGGAGAACUACAGUGACUCAAGCCAAGGCCAAAGAGAAAGUAUUGGAUGUUUGCAUUGAGGAUGGGUUGUGGGAAAGGUUGCAUGAAGCCAAUAAGACAUUGGAAAUGGUUCAAAAGGAAUUGAACAAUUAUUUGGAAAAGAAAAGAGAGAAGUUUGCAAGAUUUUACUUUUUGUCUAAUGAUGAAUUAUUGGAAAUUCUAUCCUAAACCAAAGAACCAACAGCAGUCUAACCUCAUCUUAAGAAAGUCUUUGAGAAUAUCAACUCGAUAGAAUUUGAUAAGGAUAAGAAAAUCCAUGCCAUGUUUUCAGCUGAAAAAGAGAAAGUACCUUUUGUCAAAAUAGUGGAUCCAAACAAAAAGAAUGUUGAAGAAUGGAUGAAUGAAGUUGAAAAUAUGAUGAGAUUAUCAGUUAGAUAGGCAUUAAUGGUUAGUAUUGAAAAUUACACACAAGUAAAGAGAGAAGAAUGGGUUCUGAGACAUCCAGGUUAAUGUGUAUUGAAUGGAUCAUAAGUGCAUUGGACAAAAGAAGUAGAAACAGCAAUUGAUUCACAGAAUCUUAAAGGAUAUUUCAAGAGAUUGGAAGAUCAACUAGGGUCAUUAGUUGAUUUGGUUAGAACUAAAUUAUCAAAGUAAGCAAUGGUUACAAUAAAUGCUUUGAUUGUUAUUGAUGUGCAUGCCAAAGAUGUUGUAUAGAAGAUGGUGGAUAGUGAGGUAUAUGACAAAUUCGCCUUUGAAUGGAUAUCGCAAUUAAGAUACUAUUGGGAAAAUCAAUUAGUAGAUUUUGAUUGUUGGGUCAAAUGUGUAUAAACCAAUUUCCCAUAUGGUUAUGAAUAUCUGGGAAAUACACUCAGAUUAGUUAUUACACCUUUGACUGAUAAAUGUUAUAUGACCUUAAUGGGUGCUUUAAGAUUGAAUUUGGGAGGAGCUCCAGCAGGUCCAGCUGGUACUGGUAAAACUGAAUCAACCAAGGAUUUGGCAAAAGCUUUGGCAAAAUAAUGUGUGGUGUUUAAUUGUUCAGACUCUAUGGAUUUUAUUAUGGUUGGCAAGUUCUUUAAGGGAUUAGCAUCUGCUGGUGCUUGGGCUUGUUUUGAUGAAUUCAAUCGUAUCAAUAUUGAAGUGUUAUCAGUUAUUGCAUAAUAAUUGUUGGUGUUAUUUGGAGAAAAAGCUAAAGGAACGCCCUAAGUAGAAUUUGAAGGUUCAUUCAUUAAAAUUUUACCUACUUUUUCAGUGUUUAUUACAAUGAAUCCUGGUUAUGCUGGAAGAACAGAAUUACCUGAUAAUUUAAAGGCACUCUUUAGACCAGUGGCUAUGAUGGUUCCAGAUUAUGCUAUGAUUGGUGAAAUUAUGCUCUAUUCAUUUGGGUUUAAAUUAGGUAGAGAUCUAUCUAAAAAGAUGGUUACUACAUUCAAAUUGAGUUCAGAAUAAUUGUCAUCUCAGGAUCAUUACGAUUAUGGUAUGAGAGCAGUAAGAUCUGUGAUAAAUGCAGCAGGUCUAUUGAAAGUGUAAUUCCCAGAUAUGAAUGAAGAAUAACUAUUAUUAAGAGCACUAAGAGAUGUAAAUGUUCCCAAAUUUUUGAAAGACGAUUUACCAUUAUUUGAAAACAUCAUAUCAGAUUUAUUCCCUGGAUUGGAGAGACCAUAAUAUGAUUAUGGUAAGUUGAUUCCAGAAUUAUCAUUGUAAUGCGAGAAAUAUGUGUUCAAGGAAUAACCGUAUCCUGUUCAACCUGUACAACCAUUCAUUGACAAAGUACUCUAACUCUAUGAUACGAUAUAAGUCAGACAUGGAUUGAUGUUGGUGGGUCCAACAGGAGGUGGCAAAACAACUAAUUACUAAAUCCUCUCAAAAUCAAUGACAAAGUUAGGAGAAGCCAAUGGUUUUUAUAAAGUACACACCCACAUAUUGAAUCCUAAAUCAAUUACUAUGGGUUAGUUAUAUGGUCAAUUCAACGAAUAGACUCAUGAAUGGACUGAUGGAGUCUUGGCCUAUAUGGUGAGAGAAGCUGUUAAAGACACAAGCUCAGACAGACAUUGGAUAAUGUUUGACGGACCUGUUGAUGCUUUGUGGAUAGAAUCCAUGAAUACUGUAUUGGAUGACAACAAGAAAUUGUGUUUGAAUAGUGGUUAAAUCUUGACAUUGACUCAAUACAUGACAAUGAUGUUUGAGGUCGAAGAUUUGGCUGUCGCUUCACCAGCCACUGUCUCAAGAUGUGGUAUGGUUUACAUGGAGCCUAGAGCUAUGGGUAUACAACCAUUAAUUGAUUCCUAUGUUUAACGGUUUCCUAGCAACAUUAAAAAUAAAAAGAAAGAAGUCUUGAACAACUUGACUAAGUGGUUCUAGCAAUAUGUGGACGAGGCACUUGAAUUUACAUACAAGCAUUGUAAAGAGGUUAUUCCUACAAUGAGAAACAAUUUGGUUUAAUCACAACAGAGAAUUAUUGAUAGUUUGAUUUCCCCUUAUGUUGAAACUGAAAUUAAAAAAGUCUCAGUUGAUGAACUUGAUCAAUUGAACCAGAACAUUGAAUACUACUUCCAUUAUUCAUUGGUUUGGAGCAUUAUGGUAACAGGAGAUUUCUAAAGUAGAUAAAAAUGUGAUAAGUUCCAUAGAUAAUAGAUGUAAAAAUACAGGGCCAACUUUGAAUAUCCAAAAGAGGGUUUGAUCUAUGAUUACUAAGUAAAUUUAUAACCUUGGAGUGAUGCAUAUUAAUCAUUCGAAAUUGAUUAGAAAUUAUAAUUCCAUGAAAUUGUGAUUCCUACCACUGAUUCCACUCGUAAUAUGUAUUUGAUGAAAUUGCUACUAACUAAUAAUUUCCAUGUGUGUUGCCCAGGACCAACAGGUACAGGUAAAUCAUAGAAUUCAUAUCAAUUAUUGAUUAUGGGCAUGCCUGAAGAUUUUCAAUAUGUUCCCUUAACUUUUAGUGCUUAGACAUCAGCAAAUCAAACACAAGAUACAAUUGACUCUUGGAUUGACAAAAGAAGAAAAGGAGUUAGAGGGCCACCAGUCGGAAAGAGAUAAGUUAUUUUCGUGGAUGAUCUAAACAUGCCCAAGAAAGAAGAGUACGGUGCUUAACCACCAAUAGAAUUGAUCAGAUAAAUAUUGGAUCAUUAAGGCUGGUAUAAUAGAUAAGAUCUGCAAUUUGUCAAAUUAGAAGGUUUGCUCAUCCUGUCUGCAAUGGGACCCCCUGGUGGUGGUAGAAGUAAUAUUACAGGUAGAGCUGUUAGACACUUUAAUGUCUUAGCAUACACAGAAUUGGAUGAGGAUGUCAUUAAAUCAAUAUUUUCAAAAAUUGUUUAAUUUUUCUACAAGAAAUUCAGUGAGUCAGUUCAAAUGUUACAGAUGCAACUUAUUAAUAGUGUGUUAAGCAUUUAUAAUUCAGUCAGAAGAGACUUGUUGCCUACUCCAUCAAAAAGUCAUUACACCUUCAAUCUCAGAGACAUAAACAAAGUGUUUUAAGGAAUUUGCAGUAUCUUACCUAAGAACUGCUAAGAGCCUGCCCAAUUAGUUAAACUUUGGUAUCAUGAGAAUAUGAGAGUAUUCCAUGAUAGAUUAAUUAAUGAAUAGGAUCGAGUCUAUUUCAAAUAACUACUCACUCAAUUCUUCGUUGAUUUUGGAUUGAAACAGGAAGAAGUAUUAGAUUAGGAGAGGAUCAUCUUUUGUGAUUUUCUAGGUAACAGAGACUUGGAUGUAAGGCCAUAUGUUUAAGUAUAAGGAGAUCUUCAAUAUUUUGUGGGUUAGAUGGAAGAAUUAUUGGAUCAAUACAACAAGGAUGUUGGAAGUGGCAAGAAAUAGAUGAAAUUAGUUAUGUUCUUGGAUGCUUGUGAACACAUAACAAGAAUUAGUAGAAUUCUAAGACAACCUGGUGGAAAUGCUUUAUUGCUUGGUAUUGGUGGUAGUGGUAGAUAAUCAUUAACUAAGAUGGGUACAUAUUUGUAGAAUUACAAAUUACAAUAGAUUGAGGUUCUUAAGAAUUAUAAUAUGAGAGCUUGGAGAGAUGAUGUUAAGAAGAUAAUUAUGUUGGCCGGUGUUGAAAAUAAAUGUGUUUCAUUUGUAUUUGUGGAUACUCAAAUCAUCAAUGAAUAGAUGUUGGAAGAUAUCAAUGGUAUUUUGAAUUCCGGAGAUGUGACAAAUCUCUAUAACGACAAAGAUAAUGAGGACAUUACAUAGGCUUGCAAAGCAGAAUGUAUUAAAAAAGGACUUCCUCCUAAUAGAAUGAAUAUAUUCUCUGUCUAUUUGGCAAGAGUCAAAAAGAAUAUGCAUAUGGUUAUAGCCAUGUCACCAAUAGGAGAUGCAUUUACUACAAGAUUAAGAAUGUUCCCAUCUUUAGUGAACUGUUGCACUAUUGAUUGGUUUACUGAGUGGCCAGAGGAAGCACUUGAAGGUGUUGGUAGAGGAUAACUUGUAGAAGUGGCUUAACAAUUAGAUUUAGAUAUAAAAAAUACAAGAUUAGUAGAUAUGUUUAAGUAUAUGCAUAAAUUUGUUGAAAAAUUAUCAUUGCAAUAUAAGUCUGAACUUAGAAGGAUUAAUUAUGUUACUCCUACAUCUUAUCUAGAAUUAUUGAGUUUAUAUAUCAAUAUUGUACAAGAUAAAAGAAAUGACUUAAAGGCUUAGAUUCUUAGACUGAAAAAUGGUUUGGAUAAAUUAUAAGAUGCCAACAAGGCUGUUGCUGAAAUGAAAAUAGUCUUGGAGAAAAUGCAGCCAGAAUUAGAAUAAGCAUAGAUUGAAACAACCAAAAUGAUGGAGCAUCUGAAAGUGGAAAAAGAAGAAGCUGAUUAAACGUAAAGAGUUGUUGCAGUGUAAGAAGCUGAAGCCACUCAAUAAGCUAGAGAAGCCAAUUAAGUUGCUCAAGAGGCAGCUGAAAGAGUCAGAGUUGCAAACGAAGAAUUAGCCCAAACAUUACUGAAAGUGAAAGAAUUGUAGAAGGAUCACUUAGUUGAAUUGAAAUCAUUAUCAUCUCCCCCUGAGGCUGUCAAAGUGGUUUUAGCAGGUGUUGUGAUACUCACAACAGAUUAUAUUAAGAAAUCUGGAGGUGAAAUUAUAACUCAGCCAGUUCCUAAUUAAAUUGGUAAGAAGGAAGAGAAUUACUUUGAAACAGCCAAAAAAUAUUUACUUAAUGAUGUAAACUCAUUGCUACAAAUGUUGUUGGAGAAGUUUGAUAAAGAAAAUAUUAAUCCAGCUGCUAUAAUUAAGAUGGAAUAGAAGGUUACAUGUCAUCCUAAAUUCAAUUAGAAUGAUGCAUUCCAAGGAUCAAAAGCUACAGGUUAUUUGUUUGGAUGGUGUAAAUGUAUGUAUGACUUCUACAAAGUGUAUACUGAAACUAAACCCUUAAGAGAAAAGCUAGCACUUAUGACCAAAAUUGUGGAAGAUAAAAACAGAGAAUUAGCAAUUAAGAAAAAGGAAUUGGAUGAGAUUAAUGCAAAGAUAAGAGAAUUGUAAAGAGUUUUCGAUGAUAAAAAGAAAUAAUAAGAAGAUUUAUAGAAGAAGAUUAAAGAGUGUGAAGUCAAAUUGGAAAGAGCUUAAAAGUUGACUGAAGGAUUGAGUGAUGAAAAGGAGAGAUGGGCAAAAGAUAUUGAAAGUCUUACUAAUAGUGGUGGUCUAAUACCUGGUAAUUCUAUUAUAGCUGCAGGAAUGGUUGCUUACUCUGGACCUUUUGUAUCGUAAUAUCGUAUCAGAAUGGAAUAAGACUGGAGAGCUAAAUUAAAGGAGUAUAAUAUUCCCUUCUCUGAUUUGAUUACGAUGAGGAAAUUCUUGGGGGAUGAAGUUAAGAUUCAAUCUUGGAAUAUUUGUGGAUUACCAAAGGAUGACACUUCUAUUGAAAAUGGUAUCAUCAUAGAUAAGAGUAGAAGAUGGACUUUGAUGAUUGAUCCACAAUCAUAAGCUAAUAAAUACAUUAAGACUAUGGGUAAAGAUUUACCAGAAGGAUUGGAUGUCUUAAAAUAAUCAGAUUAAAAUUUAAUGAGAACUUUGGAGUUGGCUAUUCAAUUUGGUAAAUGGGUUUUGGUAGAAAAUGUUGGAUUAUCCUUAGAUCCCUCUUUGGAACCCAUUUUAUUAUAAUAGAUCAGUAAGACCGGAACAUCUGCUACCAUAUAGAUUGGAGAUAAGAAUCUACAAUAUAAUUUUAGUUUCAGAUUCUUUAUGACAACCACUCUACCAAAUCCUCACUACUCUCCUGAAACUUCAGUUAAAGUAACCAUUAUUAACUUUGCAAUUACUCCUCUGGGAUUGGAAGAGCAGAUGUUAGCUUAAAUUGUAGCAUUGGAGAAUCCAAAUUUAGAAAAUAAAAAGACGGAAAUAGUUAGAAAGAAUGCAUAAGAUAAAAAAGAAUUAGUUAACAUAGAAGAUAGUAUUUUAAGAAGUUUGUCUGAAACCAAGGGAGAUAUUUCUGAAAUAUUGAUGGAUGAGACUCUGAUCAAUAAAUUAUAAAAUUCAAAGAAAUUUGCUGCUGAGAUUAAUCAAAGAGUGAAGGAUUCCAAAAUAACCGAAGCUCAAAUAGAUGAAGCAAGAGAAUCAUAUAGAUCAGUUGCAUUCAGAGCUUCAUUACUUUUCUUCUGUAUUAUAGAUUUAUCUACAAUUGAUCCUAUGUAUUAAUACUCUUUAUAAUGGUUCAUCAACCUGUUCACUUUAGGUGUUUAGAAUGCACCAGCAUCAUAGGUUUUGGAAGAGAGAUUGAGUCAUCUCAAUAACUUCUUUACUUACAUGUUGUAUGAAAAUGUUUGUAGAUCAUUAUUUGAAAAACACAAAUUACUAUUUUCAUUUAUGCUGACCUAUAAAAUAUUGAGUGCUGCUCAUAAAAUGAAUGAAGGGGAAUGGAGAUACUUAUUAUAAGGUGCUACAGGAGAUGUUUAAUUACCACCAAAUCCAACUGAAUGGAUUAGUGAGAAUACAUGGCCAGAGACCUAUAGAAACAUCUAUGGCAUGGCAGAAUUGACUAAUUUUGAUGGCAUUCUAUCUGAUUUCAUGAGUAAUUCUGAUAAAUUUAAAACUAUUUUUGAUGCUCCCAAUCCUUAAGAUAUUGAAUUUCCAGAACCUUGGAAUGAGAAAUUAGAUUCCUUUUCAAGAAUAUUGUUAUUGAAAUCAAUAAGAAGUGAUAAAGUUAUUCCAGCAAUACAAAAAUGGAUUGUAGAGAAGAUGGAUGAGAAAUUUAUCAUCCCACCUACAUUUGAUUUGAGUAAAUGCUACAAAGAUUCUACUCCUAAUACUCCACUUAUAUUUGUAUUGUCUCCUGGUUCUGAUCCUAUUGCAGAUCUAAUGAAAUUUGCCGAAGAAAUGAAUAUGACUAAGAGAAUUGAUUCCAUCUCUUUGGGUUAAGGAUAAGGUCCAAAGGCUGAAAAAUUAGUUAAAGAUGCUUUAGGCAGAGGCGGAUGGGCAUUGUUAAUGAAUUGUCACUUAGCAACAUCUUGGAUGAAUGAUCUUGAAAAACUUAAUGAAGAAAUGUAAGAUCAAGGCACAAAAGAUUUUAGAUUAUGGUUAACAUCCAUGCCUUCAAAAUCAUUCCCAACUAUUGUAUUAUAGAAUGGUGUUAAAAUGACACUUGAACCACCAAAAGGUCUUAGAAAUAAUAUGCUCAGAACUUACACCUAAUUAGAUGAUAAAACUUUAAGUGAUUGUAAGAAACCUGAGGAAUUCAAGAAAUUAUUAUUUGGAUUCUCUUUAUUCCAUGCAAUCAUUUAGGAAAGAAGAAAAUUCGGAGCCAUUGGGUGGAACAUUCCUUAUGAAUUCACAAACGAAGAUCUCACUGUGUGUAGAAGACAGCUAAAAAGCUUAUUAGAUGAUUAUGUACUCAUACCAUUCAAAGUUAUCAAUUACCUUGGAGCAGAAAUUAAUUAUGGUGGUAGAGUUACUGAUGAUAAGGAUGUGAGAUUGAUUAAAACCAUUCUGAAAUUGUACAUUUCCCAAGAAGCAUUAAAAGAAGGCUACUAAUUUUUAGUUCCCACUUAUUACCAACCCAAUGUAGGUGAAAGAUAGAACUACAUAGAGUAUAUUGAAAAAUUACCAUUGAAUCCUGAACCUGAAGCAUUUGGAUUGCAUAGCAAUGCUGAAAUAACCAAUGCUUAAAAUGAAACUAGAAUUCUCUUAGAAACACUAUAAUCUAUUCAACCAAGAACACAACAAGGAGCAGGUAAAUGCAGAGAAGAUGUUAUUGAAGAAUUAGCCAAUUUCGUUGAAUCCAAAACUCCUGAUUUAUUUGAUAUUGAUGAGAUUUCAAUCAGGUAUCCUACUGAUUACCAAGAAUCCAUGAAUACUGUUUUAGUUCAAGAACUUAUUCGUUACAAUAGAUUACUAGCUAUUAUGAAAACUACACUCUCUAAUGUUAAAAAAGCACUUAAAGGACUCAUUGUGAUGUCUGAAGAAAUGGAAAAAUUAUCAAACAGUCUUUAUGAUAAUCAAGUGCCUCAGUUAUGGGCAGAAAAAGGAUUUCUAAGUUUGAAACCCUUGGCUUCUUGGACUUAGGAUUUACUAGAUAGAAUAGCCUUUCUUAAACAUUGGGUAGAAAAGGGAACACCUAAAGUAUUCUGGAUUUCUGGUUUCUUCUUCCCUUAGGCUUUCAUUACUGGUAUGGUACAAAACUAUGCCAGAAAACAUGUCAUUGCUAUUGAUAAGUUGCAAUAUGAGUAUAUUGUGUUGGAUACUCUUACUCACACAGGCGUAACUGAGAAACCAGAAGAUGGAGUCUAUAUUUAUGGAAUCUUUCUUGAGGGAACUAAGUAUAUUAUUCAUUUAAUUUCAUUAGGUGGGAUUAUAAGAGACAUUUGAUAUCACAACCAAAAGUUAAAGAAUUAUAUUCUGAUUUACCCCUAAUGCACUUGCUACCAUAUGAUCCAUCACAAAUUGAAGUAUAACCAAAAGAUCCAAAAGAAAAAAAGAUAUUCAAAUACCAAUGUCCAUUGUAUAAAGUAGUUUCAAGGGUAAGCAUUCACAAUAACUCUAGGCUGGUACACUCUCAACAACAGGACAUUCUACAAAUUUUGUCAUGCCACUUGAAUUGCCAUCAAGAGAUGAUGAAGAUGUUUGGAUUAGAGCAGGUGCUGCAGCUUUCCUAUCGCUAAGAUAUUGAAAAUAAUAUAUAUUUUAAUUUAAU